GGGAAAGAGAAAGGUGUGUAUAUGAAAAAAAAGGAGAUUGUUGAUGCGUUUCCAACGACGACGUGAUCGUCCUCUCUCCUCCUCCUCCUCCUCCUGUAUUAUUACAAUUUCAUCUCCUCUUUUCCCAGAUUAUCAUCAUUGUCUUUGUCUCUCUCUAGAUUCUGGCUUCUCCUCGUAUCAGAACCAAGAUCCUCUGUUCUAAUACCGACAAUGGCAACGGGAAACAAAGGAAGACAACUGCCAAAAUUUGGGGAAUGGGACGCGGCGACUAAUCCAGGCGCCGCCCAAGGAUUCACCGUCAUCUUCAACAACGCUCGCGACGACAAGAAGACCAAGAAAACAGCCGUGGCAGGACCUGAGAGUCUUGUUACACCUCAAACAAACAACGAGCCUCAACAGAACAACAACCAUCGUCAUCAUCGUCAUCAACAGAACAACAACCAUCGCAAGAAACGUAAUUCGUCGCCACCCCCACGUGAAAAGAAGAAAUGGCUUUGCUUCUAUUGAAUCUGGUUCGGGCUCUGUUUUCAAAAAUCGCAAUGGUAAGUAAGGAAGCAGAUCGGUUGAGCAGAGUAGUUUUCAACAAAUGACAACGACAAAAACCUUCUGUUCGUGUUAGAUUGUUGUUAACUUCAAUUCUUCUUCUUCUUCUUCCUCUUCUCGUCGAGUUUCUCUUUUCAACUUUGUUUUGGCCACACAUUUGGGUGUAUUAAUUAAAUAUACAUUAUUGUUCUUGCUGCUUCUUGGUUUGAUUUUAUAAAAUGUUGACAAUGUUCUUU